AUGCCCGUCGCCGACGCGCUACCCGCAACUGCAUCCCGCUGCCUGCGCGAUAUCCGCUACUGCAGCUCGUCGCACUGCCACCCGUCGCCAGAUCCCCGCCACUCGUACGCUCUCCGCUGCCCGUCGCCAGCCGCCUCCUCCUCUCAUCCCCUGCCCCGUACCUCCCGUAUUGCCCGAGUUCCCCGUGCUUGCCCCGUGCCCCACCCGUUUCACCCGUGCUGUCCGUACCCGGUUGUGCCCCACCCGUUUUACCUGUGCGUCCCGUGCUUCCCGUGCUGCCCCCGUGCUCCUGUGCUGCCCCCGUGCUCCCGUGCUGCCCCCCGUGUUCCCGUGCUGCUCCCGUGCUGUCCCCGGGUUCCCGUGCUGUCCCCGUGUUCCCGUGCUGUCCCCGUGUUCCCGUGCUGUCCCCGUGUUCCCGUGCUGCUCCCGUGCUGUCCCCGUGUUCCCGUGCUGUCCCCGUGUUCCCGUGCUGCCCCCGUGUUUCCAUGCUGCCCCCGUGCUGCCCCGUUCUGCAUGUGUCGUGCCCGUUCCCGUGCCGUGUUGCCCCGUUCAGCCCUUGUCCUGCCCCGUUCUGUCUGUGCUGCCCCGUUGUCCCCGUAUUGCCCCGUUCAGCCCAUGUCCUGCCCCCCUCUGCCCGUGUUGCCCCGUUCUGCCCGUGUUGCCCCGUUCAGCCCGUGUCCUGCCCCGUUCAGCCCGUGUCCUGCCCCGCUCUGCCCGUGUUGCCCCGUUCAGCCCGUGUCCUGCCCCGUUCUGCCCGUGCUGCCCCGUUCUGCUCGUUUGUGCCCUACCCUUGCUGUCCGUACCCAUUCGUGCCCCACCCGUGCUGUCAGUUCUCGCUCGUGCCCCACCCGGUCUGUGCUGCCCGGUCUCGUACUGCCCGUCACCCCCGUGCGGCCCGUCCCGUACAGCACCUAG